CACACGCUGUCUCACACACUGUCCCACACACCGUCUCACACGCUGUCCCACACACCGUCUCACACGCUGUCUCACACACUGUCUCACACACUGUCCCACACACUGUCUCACACACUGUCCCACACACCGUCCCACACACUGUCCCACACGCCGUCUCACACGCUGUCCCACACACCGUCUCACACGCUGUCCCACACACCGUCUCACACGCUGUCUCACACACUGUCUCACACACUGUCCCACACACCGUCCCACACACUGUCCCACACGCCGUCUCACACGCUGUCCCACACACCGUCUCACACACUGUGCUCAAAACCUCUGGAACUCCUUGGAGGCGGUUGGAGAACUUUCCACAUGACUCCCUGGUGAAGCUGUUUGAAUGAAGGCCAAGAGGGUCAAAGCCGUCAUCAAAGCAGCAGAAGGUCCAAAGUAUUCUGGUUCAUUUAGUAUGUGUCCCUUCAUAGUUCUGAUGUCUUCAAUAGUAAUCUACAAUGUCAAUAAAAUAAAGUAAAAACAUUCAAUGAGAAGGUGUGUCCAAACGUUCAGAUUGAGUCAUUAGACAUUAGUGAUGUGCAUUAAUGAGAUCUGAACGAGACAGAGAGGAGCUCUGUGUGUCCUGAGACGUCCUCCAGCAGCUUAACAACGGGCCGGUCCAGACUAAGCUGAGCCAGUUCUAACGGUACCAAAGAGGAACGUCUUUAGUGGAACCAGCUUCCACUAAAGAGGAGCUUGAUGACUGAAGGCUCCAGGAACAAAUCUCAGAGCUGCUGAUCGGUGGAUCAAUAAACAUCUCGUUCUCAUUUCGUGAGUCCCAUCAUUUGAAACCAGCACGAUGACGUCACAGUCGCUCACUUUCUGCCGCGCACACCUGGUUGAGUGCCUCACACUCACCUGAGUGCGCCCGAGGAGGAGAUGGACGUCCCCGCCUCCGGCUGCUCCGGGUUCCUCAUUGACGCGCUCCUCUCUCCUCCUGCGGAGCUCCGCACGGCGCCCGGCCGCUCGGCACCUCCUUCCCCGCAGAGAGAGCCUGAUCUCCGGCUGCACUGUGCCCGGCCCCUCGGUCACCCCCAGCAGCUGCAGCCCCGCAACCACUUCUUCAGCUCCUCUUUCCUCAUCCGGGACAUUCUUGCGGACCGCCGGUCCCCCCCGAGCCCGGGACCAGACCGCCGGGACCCGGGACCGUUCAAGCUCGAACCCGAGUCGUUCCAUUUCGGACCGGAAGAAGAUUUUCAGGAUAAAAGCGUGAGCGGCUCCGACAGUGAGACCAGAGCCGACCAUCAGAAGAAGCCCCGUAAAGCUCGGACGGCCUUCAGCGAGCAGCAGCUGACCAGGCUGGAGAAGAGCUUCCACAAGCAGAAGUACCUGAGUGUCCAGGACCGGAUGGAGCUGGCGUCCUCCCUGCAGCUCAGCGACACCCAGGUCAAGACCUGGUACCAGAACCGGAGCUCGGGUCCAGUCUACAUCCAGGACCUGGUCCGACCGUCUGUCCCUGAACGUUCUCCCCGCUCUGCAUCAAUCUGCUCCCUCACAAAAAGCCAAACAUCCCAGCUGUCCAGGCUCCUUAAUGGUGGAUUGAGCUCCCCAUCAGUAGCACCUGGACCCACCAGACCUGGACUAGGGAGCACCUGGUCCCAAAGACCUGGACUAGGGAGCACCUGGUCCCACAGACCUGGACCCACCAGACCUGGACCCACAGACCUGGACUAG